AUGGAGUUUGGAAAUGCGAGUCAAACGCGUUCGGGGCAGGCAAAGCUUGCCGAAGGCGAGAAGGCGCUGGUCGAGUUCAAGAACUCUAUACAGAAGAUCAUCAAAGACCACAAUAUCGACGAGAUAUACAACACGGACCAAACAGGCAUCAACUACGAUGCCCACUUCACCGAUGAUGUCAUCGCACGUACCAAGGAGCUUACCGUGCAUUUCGCCCGAAUCCCACCGACAUUCACUUGGUUGGUGAAACCUAUCAAGGCGUCAAUGAAAUUGAAGUGGGUUCAAUACCUUCGGAAGGAAGUUGCUCAAAGCGGAGUCGCACGCCGCAAGGACUUUCGACUCAAGUGUCCCAAGCGCUGA